AUGUCUGCUCUUGAUAUCGAAGCCCUCGUGGAAGAACCCUUCCGCGCAGAGGCAGCUGAGUCUAAGAGCCGGGCCGACCGAGCAUCUAAUCAUGAUGACGAUGAUAGCAGACGUAGCGACGCUGGGAGCACCAGGUCCAAGAAUAGAAGACGUCGUAGCAGGAGCCGAGAAAGUGAUAGACACCGCUCAAGACGCCAUGACGAUGAUAGAUACUCUGAUAGGUAUUCCUCCGGCCGUGAUCGUGAUAGGGACCGCGAGCGUGACCGAGACGGCGGACGUGACCGCGAAUACCGAGAUAGAGACCGCGAUCGAGAAUACCGCGAUCGAGACCGUGAUCGAGACCGAGAGCGCGAGCGUGAGGAACGAUACAACUCUCGACGACGAGAACGUGACGAUUUCGACGAGUUCCGCACCCGCCGUCGUUCCAGAUCUCCUCGCAAUAGAUCUAAAUCUGGGUCACCAAAACUUACGGAAGACGAACGGGAUAGGCGUACAGUUUUCGUUCAGCAACUGGCUGCUAGACUUCGCACCAAGGAGUUGAUUGCGUUCUUCGAGAAAGUUGGUGGUGUCAAGGAGGCCCAGAUCGUUAAAGAUCGCGUCAGCGGAAGAUCUAAAGGAGUUGGAUACGUUGAAUUCAAGGAGGCAGAGUCAGUCCCUAAAGCUAUCGCGCUUACAGGUCAACGAUUGUUGGGUAUCCCCAUCAUCGUUCAACUUACAGAGGCAGAGAAGAACCGACAGGCUCGUGCCGAAGGUGGUCAACAUAACAGAGACGAAGACCACCGCCGAACUAUUCCUUUCCAUAGGUUGUACGUCGGAAACAUCCACUUCAGUAUCACGGAAAACGAGCUUCAACAGGUUUUUGCGCCUUUCGGAGAUUUAGAGUUUGUUCAAUUGCAGAAGGAAGAAUCUGGUAGGAGCAGAGGUUAUGGAUUCGUUCAAUACCGCGACCCAAAUAACGCUAAGGAGGCUUUGGAAAGGAUGAAUGGGUUUGAUCUCGGAGGUCGCCUUAUCCGUGUCGGACUUGGGAAUGACAAAUUCACCCCUGAAUCUACUGCACAGAUGCUUCAACGUUUCAGUAACGGGCAGCAAGCCUAUGAAGGCCGCCAACGUCACAAUCAGAUCCAGAAUAUCAACACGAGUGGAGCCGCGAGCGCCCUCGAUGACGCUGACGUUGCUGGUGUCAACUUCAACAAUUUUAGCCGCGAUGCCUUGAUGAGGAAGCUUGCCCGUGUCGAAGAGCCUGUUCAUGAACAAAACGGUGAAACGAACGGGGAACAGAAACAGCGACGACAGAUCGCCCCACCCCCAAAGCCACCAGUUGCUACCAACUCGACAGUUGCAAGCAGAUGCGUUGUUGUUAAGAAUAUGUUUGACCCUACACAAGAAGAAGGCGAUGCCUGGGUUAAGGAUUUAGAAGAUGACGUUAAAGCAGAAUGUGAAGCUAAAUACGGUCACGUAGUGCACAUCUCCGUCGACCCAAACUCCGGCGGCGACGUUUACAUAAAAUUCGAGAAGAUUGUCGGUGGCGAGAACGCUAUCAAAGGUCUCAACGGCAGAUUCUUCGGAGGACGUCAGAUAUCUGCCCUUCCGGUUGUAGAUGCCGUUUACAGCAGUUUGUUCUCACGCGUCAAAGCGAUGUGA